AUGUUCCAAUUACCGCCUCCAAGCUUGUUUUCGUCACUAUCCACCCCGAAGAAAGUCGAGGUUUUGGACCACUUGUUCGAGCCAUGUCUGACACUUGCCGAAGUCAUCUUAGCCAGAGUCAAUGGCACCUACUCCACUUAUAGAGAUUUCAUUGAAGCUUGUCGAAGCGUUUUACUACAAUUUCUCACAGAAGAAGAUAUUCCUGGUAACUCUGCCAAAAUCGACAAAAUCGUGUCUGCGCAUCCAAGACUUGGACCCUCUAAAGAUAAGCUUUCGUCACAUUCAACAUCGGAGCAGAAGUCUCUAGCUGGAUCGGAGGAGGAAGCACGCAAAUUGACUGAGUUGAAUGAUCUAUACGAAGAAACUUUUCCAGGUCUUCGAUAUGUUGUGUUUGUCAAUGGUAGAUCCCGAGAAGUGAUCAUGGCUAAUAUGAAAGCAAGAAUCGAACGGAACGACGUUCAGAAGGAAAAGGCUGAAGCUUUCAAUGCCAUGUGUGAUAUUGCACUUGACAGAGCUUCCAAACUUGGAGCAAGGUUGUGA